AUGAAUAAGAGUGGAGCCUCUGGUCUCCCUUUGAAGUUCUUGGCAGACAGAGUUGAUUACUAUGCUGAUAAUGGAAGUUGGGUGAUUUUUAAUAGACUGCUAGUUGUGAUGGUGUAUGGAGCUGUAUUAUUUCCCGGUGUGGAGAAUUUGAUUGGUCUAGCUUCUAUUUUCAUCUUUAUAGGAAGGAACCCUGUUCCCACUAUUCUCGCUGAUACUUAUUAUGCUAUUCACUCCCAACAUGGAAAGAGAAGAGCGGUGGUUUAUUGUCUACCUUUGCUUUACAAAAGGUUCUUGAUUCAUCUUCCUGUAAAAGGACCAUUCGUAGAAACACGAGGUACUUUGAAAUGGUCCAAAAUGGUGAUGGCUUUGACUUCUUUUGAUAUAACAUGGGCUAAUGUUAUGCAUGUUACUAAAAUGAUCACUAGCUGUGGGGAGUUCUCCAACGUUCCUCUCAUAGGGACGAAAGGGUGUAUCAACUAUAAUCCUGUAUUGGCUAUCCGUCAAUUGGGAUUUUCUUUGAGACAUGAGCCCAAAGCUCGAGGGAUAGAAGCUUCAGUUUGCUUUGCUAAGAAGGAGAAACCUGAGUUGUUGGAAAGAGUGAAGACAUCUUGGCGAAAAAUCCAUAAGAAGGGUAAGGUGUUCUUUGGACCAAAAGAGAAUGUGGCCUUGCAUCCAUAUGUGGCAUUGAUCAAGAAGAGGGUUGAGGUGAUCAAGUUACCUUUUGAAAGAGAAGAGCCAUUCUACAAACAACUUUCUCAGUUGCAUUCUGAUGAGCCUGUCAUGAUACCCAUUUAG